AUGGAUUCAGACCUGCCCUUGUUGACCAAUGACAGAUCGAGCUCUGGUAAUGGCACCUGGGGACCUGAGGGAGUCACUUUCUUCAUCAUCCAGGGCCUCACUAACCUCGGCAAGACAAACAUGAUCCUUUUUGUGAUCCUGCUGUUGGGUUACAUCAUCAUCCUGGGAGGAAACAGCAUGAUCAUCUUCGUGGUGUCCACCGAUCGGAAGCUCAACUCUCCUAUGUAUUUCUUUCUCUACCACCUCUCCUUUGUGGACAUUGUCUAUACCACCAGCACCAUCCCCAAAAUGCUGUCCGGUUUCCUGACGGACGUGAACACCAUUUCCGUCCCGGGCUGCUUCCUCCAGAUGCAUUUCUUCAUUCAGCUCGGCGUUACCGCCUAUGCCAUACUGACUGUCAUGGCGUAUGACCGCUACGUGGCCAUCUGCAACCCUCUGCGCUACACUGCCGUCAUGACCCGGCCCGUUCAGCUGCUCCUCAUCGCGGGAGCUUGGGGCUUCGCCCUCUUCUGCACACUGCCAGCCACCGCCAUGACCUGGAAGAAACCUUACUGCGGCCCGAACGUGGUGAGGAACGGCUGGUGCGACCUGUCGUCUGUAAGGCGGCUGGUGUGUGCUGACACAUCUGUGGAUAACAUCGUGUCCGUUUCCUUCGCCAUAUUAGCUCUACUGACCACAGGAGUCCUCAUCCUCGCCUCCUACAUCCUCAUUGGUGUGUCCAUGUCGAGGAUGGGUGUUGCUCAGAGGCUGAAGGCCUUCGGGACGUGUGCUGCCCACCUGACUGUGGUGUCCAUCUCUUACGGCUCGGCCUCGUUUGUAUACAUCUCCUACCGGGUGGGAAACUUUUCGCCGGAGGAACGUAUCGUUGUGUCAGUGCUGUUCUCCGCUCUGACUCCUUUCAUAAACCCGAUCAUCUACAGUCUGAGGAACAAGGAGCUGCGACAGUCCAUCAGAAAGACUCUGAGCAGGUUCAGACAUGCUGCUGUGGGAACCAUGAAGGACGUCAACAUGGUGGCCUGA